AACAGAGACAAUUGGUUAUAUUAGGUGUCUCUCCCCAUCUUUCAGAUUCCUUCACCAUCUCUCUCUCUCUCGAUCUUGUGAACCACCACACACACUAACACAAUGAGAGAGAUCCUUCACAUUCAAGGUGGUCAAUGCGGAAACCAGAUUGGUUCCAAGUUCUGGGAAGUCAUCUGCGACGAGCACGGUAUCGAUUCCACCGGACGUUAUAGUGGAGACACUGCAGAUCUCCAGCUCGAACGUAUCAAUGUCUAUUACAAUGAAGCUUCAGGUGGAAGAUACGUUCCUCGUGCUGUUCUCAUGGAUCUUGAGCCUGGCACUAUGGAUAGUAUCAGAUCCGGACCGUUUGGUCAGAUCUUCCGUCCUGAUAACUUUGUCUUUGGUCAGUCUGGUGCUGGUAAUAAUUGGGCUAAAGGUCAUUAUACUGAAGGAGCUGAACUUAUUGAUGCUGUUCUUGAUGUUGUUCGUAAAGAAGCUGAGAACUGCGAUUGCCUUCAAGGGUUUCAGGUGUGCCACUCUUUGGGAGGAGGCACAGGUUCAGGAAUGGGAACUCUAUUGAUAUCAAAGAUCCGAGAGGAGUAUCCAGACAGAAUGAUGCUCACUUUCUCUGUUUUCCCAUCUCCUAAAGUCUCUGACACCGUCGUUGAGCCUUACAAUGCAACUCUCUCUGUACACCAGCUUGUAGAGAACGCUGAUGAAUGCAUGGUCCUCGACAAUGAAGCUCUCUACGACAUCUGCUUCCGCACCCUCAAACUCAGUACUCCUAGCUUUGGAGACUUGAACCAUUUGAUCUCCGCAACAAUGAGUGGUGUGACUUGCUCCUUAAGGUUCCCGGGACAGCUAAACUCUGACCUCAGGAAACUCGCGGUGAACCUAAUCCCAUUCCCUCGUCUCCAUUUCUUCAUGGUGGGUUUCGCGCCGCUAACUUCCCGUGGCUCACAACAAUACAUCUCACUCACAGUCCCUGAGCUGACUCAACAAAUGUGGGACUCCAAAAACAUGAUGUGUGCAGCUGAUCCACGUCACGGACGUUACCUCACAGCAUCUGCUAUUUUCAGAGGACAGAUGAGCACAAAAGAAGUCGAUGAGCAAAUCCUAAACAUACAGAACAAGAACUCUUCUUACUUCGUUGAGUGGAUCCCAAACAAUGUGAAAUCAAGCGUUUGUGAUAUCCCACCAAAGGGACUCAAAAUGGCAGCGACAUUUGUCGGUAACUCGACGUCGAUCCAAGAAAUGUUCAGGAGAGUGAGUGAACAAUUCACGGCUAUGUUUAGGCGUAAAGCGUUUCUGCAUUGGUACACAGGAGAAGGAAUGGAUGAAAUGGAGUUUACGGAAGCUGAGAGCAAUAUGAAUGAUUUGGUUGCUGAAUACCAACAGUACCAAGAUGCUACUGCUGAUGAGGAAGGAAUGAAGCAUUCCAAUGAUCCGUUUGAAGCAGUACCUGUUGAAGAAGAUGAGAGAGCUGUGAAGAGAUGUAAAACGUCCGUUGUUGAGCUCACCAAAAACACAACUGGUGCUGAUCCUGUGAAGAUGGCUAACAAGAUGCAGACCAUUUUAUCACAAUUCACAGAGGAUCAAAUGAGCAGAUAUGAAUCUUUCAGGAGAUCUGCUUUUAAAAAAUCAGACAUGGAGAAGUUAGUACAGAGAAUCACAGGGGGUCCGAAGAUCGACGACACUAUGAAUAUCGUUGUGCGUGGUAUCACAAAGAUGUUUGUUGGUGACCUUGUGGAAACAGCUCGAGUUGUUAUGAGGGAAAGGAAUGAAUCAGGACCUAUUAGACCUUGUCAUAUCAGAGAGUCCUAUCGAAGACUAAAGCUCCAAGGAAAAGUGCCUCAAAGAUCAGUUCAACGGCUUUUCCGCUAGGCAGAAUGACGAUAUUACAAAGUAGUGACUUGGAUAAAGAGUAACCAUCAUG